AAGGCCAAAAAAAGAAGGAGAAGAAGACAGGUUACGUUUAAUUUGGGCUUUAGGUCAGCUUGGCCGAAUGUUGUAAAUGUUGUUAUAUUGACAUUGGAAAAGCCUAAAAAGAGCGUUCACUGGACAUGUCGAAUUCGAGCAGCGAAAGCGAAGAUGAAAACUACUGUGAAGAAAGCUGCGACAACAAACAAGGGAUACGUAAAGCCUACCAAUUAUACACAGAAGAACAAAAAAUAGUCUCCGCGGUAUGGAUGCACGAGAGGCCAUUUAACUAUCAAACGGUUGAUGACGUUCUGAACAACUUUUAUAUCAGAUUUAAAAAGGUACCACCAGAACACCGUACUCUUGUCAAAUGGGAGAAAAAACUAUUUUCUUCAGGGGCUUUCGCAAACAAAAACAAGCUACCUUUAAAAAGACUGAUUCAUGUACCAUAUGUAAAGGCUUCGCUAAAAGAAAAACCCGGAAUAACAAUGAAUGAAAGAGCGUGUCAACUAGGGCUGCCAUUGAAAAUUUUGAGACAGAUUCUUAGAUAUGACAUCAAAGAUAAUGAUUUAUAUCGGCAAAAUUCCCAGGACACGAUUGAUAAUGGUGAAGUGCAGAUUAAAGAUGACAUCCACUCGAAUUAAAAACCAGAACAUAUGAUUAAGAUUAAGAAUUUGUGAAUAACAUGAUUCUUUAUUUUGCAAAAAUAUUAAAUUAUUUUGCAUUGCA